CGCACUCUGCUCAUCUUGUUUCAGCUUCUUUCAUGGAGUUGUUAGUUUUGUUAGUUUUCUUUAAGAUCUGUAGGUUACAAAUGCGGCUCUGCUUCCUUGUACACUGGCGUGUACAGUUUUUUGGGAUAGGUGGGUACAGGUUGCGCUGGACAGUGUGCGUUGUCACUUGCUUUCUGUCUCUCAUUCUUGCAUGCGAUCCCGGUCGCUGACGCCGUUCCCAGUUUCGUUGCUCUCUUUAUUGUCUCGGGCCUCUUCGCUCUAGCUUGAUCUUGCAGAGGGUGUACGAUCUGGGAUCUCGGGGUGUUUUGUAGAGUCUGAGCUGUCGGUCAACAGGUGGAGAUGUAAGCGUUGCCCCUGAGGCGCCUCUUCGACUUAGCUAGCUCAAAGGAAAGCUUUCCAGAAAUUUGCAGGGUUUGAUCGUAGAAAUGUUCAGUGAGAGGGGUCAUUGCCCAAAGGAUUCGAAAUGGCAUUUUCUUUGGAACACAAUUUAAGAGGUGUUGAGGCUCGGUAGUUGUGAGGCCCUCCUCUGUUUUGGUCACAUAAUUCUUUGACGCGGUGUUGAUUCGAAGCGUUUACUGGAUUUCUUUCCCAUUAUGAACCUGAAUUUGGAGUCCUGCUGUGGGCAAGGUGCACGCCAUUUUCCAAAACCAGCGACUUGAUCAUUAUGUGUCUGUUUGGCUGCGGGUUGCCCAAGGAGGCAGAAUCACGGCCACACUCACGACCGUCGUCAGGGGUAGGAUCUCAAGUUGGGACUCCGAGAAGCAGACCGAGGUCCAGGAGAGCACCGUACGACAGCAGUCUGGAUUUGAGUACAAGCUGCAGUAUCAGUCAAUCCCAUUCCAAAGAAUCCAAAGGUUCUAGGGUAUCUCAAACUUCUUCAGGUAGUGCAAUUUCUUUGGUGAGCUUGAAGAGUUUGUUGUCAGAUGGCCCACAGAUUUUCACUUACAGAGACAUAUUGAAGGCCACAGAUAAUUUUAGCUCAGCGAGGAAACUCGGAGGAGGUUCAUUUCAGGGAACACUUGCAGGGAAGAGUGUCGUCGUUGUUGUGGAGAAGAGGGUAUGCAUGGAUGUUGAUUUUAUUGCCGAGGUCAAGACCAUUUGUAACCUACAUCAUUCUAAUCUUGUAAGGUUCAUUGGAGGUUGCAUGAGUGGGGAUCAAUUGUACCUUGUGUACGACCACAUCACUGGUGGGAAUUUGCGCCAUUGCCUGCGGAGCACCAUUGUCCCAGGUUUCACAACCCUAAAAACGUGGACAGUCAGGCUGCGCAUUGCACUCGACAUAGCCAAGGGGCUCGAGUACCUUCAUGAGCACGCUUCCCCACCUUUUGUCCAUAAGUACCUCAAAAGCACCAGCAUCAUUCUGGACAAUGACCUGCAUGCUAGAAUCGCCAAUGUUGGGUUGUCAAGAGUUCGAGGAGAAACGGCGGCAGAGCCUGGAGUACUGCCCAAUCCAGCAAGCCGGGGAGAGAUCACGCCUGACGUUGACAACUCUAGUUCCAGUCCUCAACAGAUGGCGCAACUUGGCCGGUCUCAAGGAAGAACCCUCGGACGGUCCCGCAGCGUCAAGAUUACAGGAAUCCACGGUUACAUGGCUCCCGAGUAUUCCCUCAAUGGCUUGGUUACCCCAAAGCUUGACGUUUAUGCUUUCGGCGUUGUUUUGUUAGAACUUUUGUCUGGACAGGAAGCUGUAAAGCUGGAGAAAAGUCCAGGUGAGUAUACCGUGAAGAAAACCGUAUUACCCAAUGUAAUAGCUGGCAUAUUUUCGGACCCUGAACCUAGAGCUAGGGUUAGAGUGUGGAUAGACCCGUUGCUUAGAGAUUCUUUUCCUUUGGACGCUGCGUAUAGAGCUGCGGUUGUAGCCAAAAAAUGUGUAGAAGCAAAACCUGAUGACAGACCGCCAAUGCGAAAUGUAGCCCUUAGUCUUGAACAAAUAUACAUGGCUUCGAGGGAAUGGGAGGAGAAUAUGAUGGCAUCCAAGAAUUUAAUGACGUCCACGCUGACUGCUCGAUGAGGCUCCUGAAACCUAAACUGGAUUCCACAUGUGGACAGUUGAAGCCGUCGACUCACCGAUUGUAUCAUAAACUCCAAUUAUUUUCAAUUUUGAUCCUUAAACUCAUGCUCUUGUAUAUCUCUCGUAUCUUCUCAUGUUGCCGCCCGUUUACGAUGCACAUUUUUUAGACAUCAGGCAUCAAAUAGUGAACGGUUGCCCUGAAGUUGAACGUCUUCUGUAGUGUGAUUUUUCAUCAUCUCGUAGUGACGAUCCCGAGACAAUGAACUGAGAACAGUCUCGCUUAAACGGGCUAGACACAUGGGUGCUUGUAGCGGCCCGCUGGUAUUUCAAGUCUUAAUGGUCAUUAAAUGAUAUUUAACGCCUUCAUGUUCUUCCAUGGUUGUGCUUGUGGAAUGCAGAAAAACAUUGUAUUAUCGAUCUUUGUGCUUUGAAACACAUUUCGCUCUGGUCUCUCUUUUCCAUUAAAUCCGCAGGAGCCCCGCAGAUUCUUCGAGAAGCUUUGUGAGUGUAGAGGAUGGAUAAGUUUCCGUUCCUCACGCUGCGCAGCGUAACCAUCUCCGAAAUCGGAAUGCCUGCAUCAAGUUUCACAACAUUUGACCAACAGGCUACGGAAUUUCCUGUCAGGUCUGACUUGCCCUUAACAAGGAAUUUAAUCAGAAACACGCUCCUGUUUGCAAUAGUUCACAAACCCUGCAAAUCUUGUUAUCCCUGAUUCCCACGUGCUUUGUAGCAAGUUCACGAUGCUAGAGCCCCGUGAAAUCUCUGACACCUAUCCACCCAGAAUCAAUGCAACAUUCCUAAACAUGAUUGCUCCACGAAGUUUCUCUUCAUCAACUGUCCGAAUUGGAGCAACUUUCCAUGCAAACUGUGUCCCAAGUUUUGCAUUUUGGAAUAAGUAACGAAUAUAAAAAACUGCUGGCUGUCACAAAUUGAUGCCAUGAAAUCCGGAAGUCAGUUUCGAGGAAAGAUUACCCUUUUCGAAAGGAUAGCAGACUCUCAUCUGUAGCACUGCUCUCUUCUCCGCUUCUUCCACGUCUUGCUAUUGCCCGAAUUUCAGGCUGCAGUUUAUUUCGAUUGGAGCUGUUGUCUUGGGAUUUGAAAACGUUUCUUGUAUCUUCUCGGUUUUCAUGUUUGUAGGAUUUCCAGUUUUUUAGUAGCGCUUCCAAAUUCGCAAUUAUCUGUGGACUGUAUCGUAGAGAAUUUGUGUGGUGUUGUGAAUGUCUGGGGGAUGUUUAGAUGUGAAGAUGCGUGACAUACGACCCUGUUCGGAAUCGUUUAGUGCUAGUUGUGGUGGAAUUGAGGUAGGCUAUGGUGCAAUGUGAAAAUCCUUCCUGCAAUGCGAUAGUUCUUGAUCACAACUAUUCCACCACACCAGGCUCAACAUCUCUCGAUCAUUCACAUUCUAGAUUUCAGAAUUCCACUGUAUUCUAAGUACGUUUGAGUGCGAUGGUGUCAGUAAGUUUCUUCCGCAUAGUGGAUCUCUCAUUAUCGAAACGUAGUGAAUGAAGAAUAUUUUAGAGCAAGGGUUGAUGGUAACUAACGUUUUUACGGUUCUCUUCGGGAUCCCAGCUUGGGUAUCAAAAUAUUGCUUUUAGGGUUCCACUUUGAACUUUAUUUACCAUGCGAAUUUAUCGAUCCUUCAACAUCGAUUGAACUGACGCAAGGCUUUGAUUCCUGUGAAACAAACCAGGGACCAGGGACCAGGGAACUUCAAUGUGGGAGCGGGUGUGGAAUUUAGCAUUCCUUGAAAUUUUUGGACGAGAUUAGCAGCGAAAAUCUGCAACUUCAACUGGUCAGCUCUUCGUUCAAUUAUCUCAGUACAUUAUGCAGAUAGAAGUUAACACCGUUCUCAUUCUUAUUCAUUUGGGUUGCGAGUCUUCUCCAAUGCAUUCUUCAAACGGAAAAUCUGGAGACCCCACGUGUUGUUGCUUUUAUGACAGUUCAUGACAAGAAAUUCUUUUAGUAGCUGCUACGGCCUAUUCUUCAAUUGAGGCAGCAAUUCUCAUUGUUGCAGAAUGUUUCAGGGAACGUGUUGGACCCAAUGUCUGUUCAGAAGUCGAGGGGAAGACUAUAUUCUAGGUAAAAUGAUUUCAAUAUUUGUGAAGCAUCUCUGAAACAAUGAGGGUACUUGUAAAAUUGUAAAAAAGUUAAGAUUGAGAAUCCUAUUGUUGUUCCGCUGAGCUGGAUAGUCUAAUUACUAUAUGAACUUAAAUUAUCUAAAAGAGAGAUCCCUGAACUUGUGAUCUCCCCUUGAAAUUUCCACUAUUAGAUUAAAACUUUCACUCAAACUGAACUUCCUUUGGAAAUGUGUGUAUACCUUGGCUCUUGACUGUAUUUCAUAGUUUGCGUUGCAAGACAUGCAGAAUCAUGGUCUGGCAGACUUUUUCCACGAAUCGUCGCUACGAACAUAGCCGCCUAGCCGCUAAACAAUGGAACCUGAAGGGCAUAUACAGGCCAAGCUCUCAUUAAUUAUUGCUUUGAUUCUUCUUUUUCUUUUCUGGAUUACGCUGCUGGUCAUUCAAGUUCGACACCAUCUCUAUCGAUACAGGUAAAAGAAAUAACUGAGAGACUUGUUGUCUGGAGCAAGAGUAGUCACCAUUGUUGAGAUAUUGUGAUGAAGUGGGAGGCCUUGGUCGAAUUUAUUUACGAUUUAGUAGCGAUUGUGGACAAAAACCUCCAAUUACUUGUGUCCCCUGAUUUUUCUGACAAGGCACGAGAGUUGACCGCAUGAUGGUGAUGACACGCCAAUAGCCAACAAAGGCUGAUGGAACAGACAUUGGGCUUAAACUUAUUUGCAAUGCAGGAUUAAACAAAUUUCUUCAA